AAUGAAAGAUACUACAACUAGACGUAUAUUUGAGAAAGAGAAUUAAGCAGAGGUUUCAAAUAAUAUUGAAAAAAGAAAUAAUCAAAAAUCAUUAACACAAUUAGUUUCAUUAACUCUUCUGAAUCAUUAACCAAGUAAUAAAUGAUUAUUAAUAAAGAUUUCGAAUUCAAGAGUAUUGAUAUAAAAUAGUAAUAUUCUCAAUAAAACUAUCUUACAUAAAGAAAUCCUAAUGUUCCAAGUUUACAUUAUAGACCUGAAUAAAAAUAAAAAACUACAAUAUGCACAACUAUUUAGAUAGUAUUUUAUUAAAGAUAUUUAAUUAGUAUUCUCCAAUUAAAGUUAGAUAGACAACUUAAAUUAGUUAAAGUAUACAAUAAGAUUAAUCAUCUAAAGAAUCAAAGUUUUAAUAAAAUAGAUUCAUAUAUAAUUAUGGUGAUAUUAUAUUGACAAAUUACUAAAUCUAUGAUGCUAUUUAAAAGUUUGAAUUCUUAAAAAAACACUCAAUCAAUAGUUCUCUUAGAGCUAAGAUGAUAGAUUGGAUGAUAGAAGUGAUGACAUCAUAUAAAUGCAAAGAUUAGACAUUCUUUAUGGCAGUAAGAUUAAUGGAUUAAUAUUUAAAUUAAUCAUAAAAAUCUCAUGUUCCAUAAGAUAUGCAUUUAAUAGGAGUUACAUGCAUGUUUAUAGCAUGUAAAUUUGAAGAGGUUUAACCAGUUAAAUUAUAAAUUGUCCAUGAAAAAAUAGCACAUAAAAAAUUAACAAAAGAAGAAAUUAGAGAGAAAGAGAAUUAAAUUGCAUAAGCUUUAGAUUUUAAAUUUUUUGGAACUACUUUAUAUGAAAUAAUAACAAUAACUUUACAAAUGAUAAAUUAAUAUUAAAAAUUACAUCAAAUAGUAGUUUAUUUAGCCAAAAUGAUAUUAUAUGACUACUAAAUUAUUAGCUAAUUUAAUUACUCUUUAUUAUCAGCUGCAUGCAUAAUAAUUGGAUGUAAUUUAUCAUGUUAAGAUUAAAAUGAUGAAAUUGUAAUUAUAUUAAAUUAAUAAAUAAUAGAUUGCUUAAGUCUUGUAACUCUUAAAUGUAGAUAAAGAUGCCACUUUAGAUUUAUCAAAUAAAAUAUUAAAUUUGGCUAAAAAUUUUGAUAAAUAAUUCCAGAAUUUAGAAAAUUUAAAAAAAUUCAAUAAAAAUUCAAUUUUAGAUAUUGUUAAAUUACAGAAAUGA